AUGCGUCCUCCCCACGUCGUGUGGAUAAAUAAAAAAAAUAAAUAAAAAAGGACACCUGCAACUGUGAUGACUCCAGAAGAAGUACAGCACUCCAAAGAAAGGCAUCAUGACAACUUGUGCACUGCAGGCGUGGCCUGUUCCAAUAUGUCCGUCAUAAGGUGAUUAGUGCUCUGGCAAGUCUGGAAGUCACUUUUGCCCGCCAAACUGUGGAUUCAACACGCACGUCUGUCCCGGUUCUCUGGAGGGUUUUUUUUGCAUCGCCAUGAAGCGGAAUAAGCCCUGACCAAGAGACGACAUGGCUUUCCCCAGGAGGAUUUGGCAGCUGCUUCUUCUGAAGACUCAAGAAUUCAACUCUGGAAAAGAUGCUUUAAAUCUCGGAGUUUCAUUGCUGUAAGUCCACUUCAGUACAGGAAAUCAGGAUGAAAAGAUGGCAGCCAUGCUGUUACCAACGGGUCCUGAUGGCUUGCGGCCGUUCACUCGCGAAUCCUUGGCUGCCGUGGAGCAGCGGAUUGCAGAGGAGCAGGCCAGGAAGGCCAAGGAUUGCAAGGAGACUCACAAGAACGUGGAGCCGUGCAGACCUCGGCUCGACCUGGAGGCGGGCAAGCAGCUGCCGCGCAUCUUCGCCGACAUACCCACAGAACUUAUCGGGGUGCCACUGGAAGACAUCGACCCGUUCUACUUCAAGAACCAGAGGACCUUUAUAGUACUUAACAAAGGAAAGGCCAUCUUCAGAUUCAGUGCCACAUCUGCUCUUUACAUUUUCACCCCCUUCCACUUCCUCAGAACUAUUGCCAUCAAAGUUUUAGUCCACUCCUUGUUCAGCCUGUUCAUCAUGUUCACCAUCCUGACCAACUGUUGCUUCAUGGCCAUGUCAGACCCAGCACCGUGGACCAAGCACCUGGAAUACACUUUCACUGCCAUUUACACUUUUGAGUCAGUGAUAAAGAUAUUUGCCCGAGGAUUCUGCACAGUUCCGUUCACCUUUUUGAGGGACCCGUGGAACUGGCUGGACUUCAGCGUCAUCGUCAUGGCAUAUGUAACAGAAUUUGUAGACCUGGGAAACGUCUCCGCACUCAGAACCUUCAGAGUGCUGCGUGCCCUGAAAACCAUCUCGGUCAUACCAGGUCUGAAGACCAUCGUGGGAGCCCUGAUCCAGUCGGUGAAGAAGCUGGCGGACGUCAUGAUCCUGACCGUGUUUUGUCUCAGCGUCUUCGCCCUGAUCGGCCUGCAGCUUUUCAUGGGGCUGCUUCGGCAAAAGUGCAUCCGGAGCCUGGCGCACUGCAUCAACUCCUCCUACAGUCUCAAUGCGUCUUUCAUCUGCAACAACAGGACCUGGAGCUCCAGGGCGGACUUUCUCUCCAGCGAAGAUAAUUUUUACAAAGUCGAAGGAGCAAAGGAUGCCUUAAUAUGCGGGUACGGCAGUGACGCGGGGAAAUGCCCGGAUGGAUUCGACUGCCUGAAGGUCGGGAGGAAUCCCAACUACGGCUACACCAGCUUCGACACUUUCGGCUGGGCCUUUCUGGCCCUUUUCCGUCUCAUGACCCAAGACUACUGGGAAAAACUGUUUCACCAGACUCUGCGCUCGGCCGGGAAAACCUACAUGGUGUUCUUUGUGCUGGUUAUUUUCCUGGGCUCCUUCUACCUGGUCAACCUGAUCCUGGCUGUCGUAGCCAUGGCCUACGAGGAGCAGAACCAGGCCACCAUCGCCGAGGCCUGGCAGAAGGAGAGAGAGUUCCAACUGGCCAUGGAGCAUCUCCGUCGAGAGCAGAGAUUGGCAGCGAAAAGGCAAGCGCAAGAAACCGACUCCAUCUUGUCCCCGGAGCGGUCUCCGUUCUGCGCGAAGACGGGAAGUUUGAGGAGAAACAGCACUCGAAGGAGACGAUCUCACAGGGCGUUAUCGGAAGAAACCGCGGAGGAAGCUGAGGACAAGAUUGACCCGCUGGAUGAGCUAAAGCCUCCGCUGUCUCCCCUGCCAGCGCACCCUCUGCUAGCCACGCUCUCCUCCCACCCGCUCAGCACCAGGCGAGCAAGCCAGGUCAGCAUCUUCAGCGCCUUUCGGGUACGCAACAACUCCGAGGUCGACUUCGGGGACGACGAAUACAGCGUCCACGGGGACGCGUUCAGAAGCCGCGCAAGCUCAACUGCGACACACUGGAAGCGGAGGACAGGCAGCGUGAGGAGCCACUGCUCCCAGGUCUUCACCCCCAACCUCACAGUCAACGGACGGAUCAACGUUCCCCUCGACCACAACGGGGUCACGGCGGUGGGGCCGCACACCCCGGGCUCCCUGCCGGCUUACAGCAUGGAGAGGAUCAAGGAGGAUACGAAGCCCACCAGUACAGAAGACAGUGUCCAAAAACCUCUCCUUCAGCCGUCCCCCACAGUGACCGAGCGUCCUCCUGUGCUCAGAAAAAGAGGACUCAGCUCCGUCAGCUUCUUCAGUGACGCCAUGGAUGAGUUGGAAGAGUCGAGACAAAAGUGCCACCCCUGCUGGUACACGUUUGCUAAGAAGUACCUGAUAUGGGACUGCUGCUCCUGGUGGCUGAAACUGAAGGAAUGGGUGAAGUUGAUGGUGAUGGAUCCUUUCCUGGACUUGGGUAUCACUAUAUGUAUUGUGCUGAACACCCUCUUCAUGGCCCUGGAACACUACCCCAUGACUGACGAGUUCAACACCAUGCUGUCAGUGGGAAAUCUGGUUUUCACUGGGAUCUUUACGGCCGAGAUGGUACUGAAGCUGAUCGCCAUGGACCCGUACUAUUACUUCCAACAGGGCUGGAACAUCUUUGACGGAGUCAUUGUUUGCCUCAGUCUGAUGGAGUUGGGUCUCUCCAAUGUGGAGGGGCUAUCUGUUCUGCGCUCCUUCAGACUGUUGCGAGUCUUCAAACUGGCCAAGUCUUGGCCCACCCUCAAUACGCUCAUUAAAAUCAUUGGCAACUCAGUCGGCGCUCUGGGAAACCUGACGCUGGUGUUGGCCAUCAUCGUCUUCAUCUUCGCCGUGGUUGGCAUGCAGCUCUUUGGCAAGAACUACCAGGACUGUGUGUGCAAGAUCUCUCAUAACUGUCAGCUUCCUCGCUGGCACAUGAAGGACUUCUUUCACUCCUUCCUGAUUGUGUUCAGAGUGCUGUGUGGCGAGUGGAUUGAAACCAUGUGGGAUUGUAUGGAAGUAGCCGGGCAACCGCUCUGUAUCCUGGUGUUCAUGCUGGUCAUGGUCAUUGGGAACUUGGUGGUUUUAAAUCUCUUCCUGGCCUUGCUGCUCAGCUCUUUCAGCUCUGACAACCUCUCGGCCCCGGACGAGGACGGGGAUUUGAACAACAUCCAGAUCGCCAUCGCUCGCAUCCACUCGGGCAUCUCUUGGGUGACCAGGGGCGUCGCGGACCUCUUCAACCACACUUUGAAAUGCCGGCAAAGGAAGACCAAGGAACGCUGCAAAGCAGUGGUGCUGGUCGGCAAUCACCUGGAUAGCAACGGUGGGGUUUAUGGACGCUACGGGGAUAAGUACGUCAUAACGGAGGAGGACAGCUACAUGACCAACCCCAACCUGACUGUCAUUGUUCCUAUCGCGCCUGGGGAGUCCGACGUGGAGUUUAUGGAGGAAGAGGAGAUUUCCGAGUCAUCAGAGGAUGAAGACAACAAAGAGAAGAUCAGCCUGUCAGAAGGCAGCACCGUGGAUCUCCGGAAAACUGGUGAAGAGAUGGACAAUUUGUCGGAACUGGCUGAAGAGUGUAUGGAGCCAGAGGAAUGCUUCCCGGAAUUUUUCUUGAGGCAUUGCCACUGCUGUAAAAUCGACAUCAGCCAAGGUCUGGGCCAGGCCUGGUGGAGACUGAGGAAGACCUGCUACCAGAUAGUGGAGCACAGCUGGUUUGAGACCUUCAUCAUAUUCAUGAUCCUGCUCAGCAGUGGAGCUCUGGCGUUCGAGGACAUCUACAUCGAGAAGAGAAAAGUCAUCAAAGUCAUGUUGGAGUAUUCCGACAAAGUCUUCUCCUACAUCUUUGUCCUGGAGAUGUUCCUCAAAUGGAUCGCGUACGGCUUCAAGAAGUACUUCACCAACUACUGGUGCUGGCUGGACUUUCUCAUCGUGGACGUGUCGCUGAUAAGCCUGGUGGCAAACUCUCUGGGAUAUUCCGACUUUGCUGCAAUCAAGUCUCUGAGGACGCUCCGAGCUUUGCGGCCCCUCAGAGCUCUGUCCAGAUUCGAGGGCAUGCGGGUGGUAGUGAACGCCCUCAUCGGCGCCAUCCCCUCCAUCAUGAACGUGCUGCUGGUGUGUCUCAUCUUCUGGCUCAUCUUCAGCAUCAUGGGGGUCAACCUGUUCGCCGGCAAGUUCGGCAAGUGCGUGAACCGGACGGGCUUCAUCCACAGCUCCUUGCUGGUCAACAACAAGUCGGACUGCCUGGCCAUGAACGACACGCAGUACUACUGGACCACGGUCAAGGUCAACUUCGACAACGUGGGACUGGGCUACCUGUCCCUCCUGCAAGUGGCGACUUUCAAAGGCUGGAUGGAGAUCAUGCACGCAGCUGUUGACUCGAGAGGAGUGGAGGAGCAACCCAUCAGGGAGGUCAACCUGUACAUGUACAUUUACUUUGUGGUUUUCAUCAUAUUCGGCUCCUUCUUCACCCUCAACCUCUUCAUCGGCGUCAUCAUCGACAAUUUCAAUCAGCAGAAAAGAAAGUUAGGUGGACAGGAUAUUUUCAUGACCGAGGAGCAGAAGAAAUAUUACAACGCUAUGAAGAAGUUAGGAAGUAAAAAGCCACAAAAGCCAAUUCCAAGACCUGGGAACAUUCUCCAAGCCUUCUUCUUCGACCUGGUCUCCAAGCAAGCCUUCGACAUCAUGAUCAUGAUGCUGAUCAUCGUCAACAUGCUGACCAUGAUGGUGGAGACGGACGAGCAGUCGGAGCGCAAGGAGUCCAUCCUCAACAAGAUCAACCUGGUCUUCAUCGUCAUCUUCACAACGGAAUGCCUCAUCAAGAUCUUCGCCCUGCGCUGUUACUUCUUCACGGUGGCGUGGAACAUCUUUGAUUUUGUCGUCAUCAUCCUCUCCAUCGUGGGGAUCGUUCUUGCUGACAUCAUCGAGAAGUACUUCGUCUCUCCGACCCUGUUUCGAGUCAUCCGCCUGGCAAGGAUAGGACGUGUGCUUCGACUCAUCCGCGCAGCCAAAGGAAUAAGGACUCUACUGUUCGCCUUAAUGAUGUCCAUGCCGGCGCUGUUCAACAUCGGACUCCUGCUCUUCCUCGUCAUGUUCAUCUACGCCAUCUUUGGCAUGGCGAACUUUGCCUACGUGAAAAAGCAAGACGGGAUCGACGACAUGUUCAACUUCGAGACCUUUGGGAAUAGCAUGAUCUGCCUUUUCCAGAUCAGUACCUCGGCAGGCUGGGACAACCUCCUGAGUCCGAUAAUGGCCAGCUCCCCGGACGAGUGCGACGUUAAUUUUGUCAACACCGGCACAAACACCCGGGGGAACUGUGGCAGCCCCUCCAUGGGCAUCGCUUUCUUCGUGAGCUACAUCAUCAUCUCCUUCCUCAUCGUGGUCAAUAUGUACAUAGCCAUCAUUCUAGAGAACUUCAGCGUGGCCACGGAGGAGAGCACGGAUCCGCUGAGCGAGGACGACUUCGAGAUGUUCUACGAGGUUUGGGAGAAGUUUGAUUCCGAGGCCACGCAGUUCAUCGAGUUCUCUGUGCUGUCCAACUUCGCCGACACCCUGUCCGAGCCUCUGCGCAUAGCCAAGCCCAACAAGAUCAAACUGAUCUCCAUGGACCUCCCCAUGGUCAGUGGGGAUAGAAUCCACUGCCUGGAUAUCUUGUUUGCCUUCACAAAGCGGGUCCUGGGAGAGUCCGGCGAGAUGGAUGCCCUCAAACAACAAAUGGAGGAGAAGUUUAUGAUGACCAACCCCUCCAAGAUUUCCCACGAGCCCAUUACCUCCACGCUGCGACACAAGCUGGAGGAGGUGUCGGCGGUCAUCAUUCAGAGGUGUUACAGGCGGCACCUGGUCCGCCGGCACAUGAAGCAGGCCUCUUACCUCUACAGGCAAAUCAACUACGAGACUGUAGUGGACGUGGAGAACGCGCCAGAGACCGAGGGGCUCAUAGCAUCCAUGAUUCACCACUACGGUCUAGCUGGGGAGGACUUUCUAGAGACAACAGAGACCACGCUAAUGUCCUCGCCACCUUCUUACGACAGUGUGACCAGGGCAGCCAAUGACCUCUCAGAGUUCAUCAGACUAAUAUCCAGAGACUCGGAACGCGGGGAUCCUCGCGAAAGCUUCGAGGAAACCUUUCUUUGAGAUCGGAAUGCGUUGUUUGAAGUCAUGGUCAAAGAGAUUUACCUUCCAAUGAGUGCAGUGUUCAACUAAAACACCCAUGCGGAACAUUAAAACACCCAACCUGAUACAACAAAGUAGUACCUCAACUUACGAACUCAAGUGUUUCUGGGACGUAGCUAUCUCAAAACACACUGAAAUGAAGUCAAAUCAAUUCAAAACAGCACCAUACUUGCAUGUAACAUGCCUUUUUAAAAAGGAAAAACUGUAUAAAAACAAUACAACAGAAUGUACCACUCACAACUACGGUCGUUUUUAUGGAAUAAUGAGGUCCAGCGGUGUCUCUUUGCAGCUGAUCCUCUGUCGAACUGAUGUGUAGUCCUGGUCUUGUCGUCCUCGUCCGGACAGAAGGGUGACACGGCAGUGCGGCUGGAUCAAAAGAGACGAGUGGCCUUGUGGUUAGAGUGUCCGCCCUGAGAUCGGUAGGUCGUGAGUUCAAACCCCGGCCGAGUCAUACCAAAGACUAUAAAAAUGGGACCCAUUUUGCUUGGCAAUCAGCAUCAAGGGUUGGAAUUGGGGGUUAAAUCACCAAAAAUUAUUUCCGAGCCUGGCCACUGCUGCUGCUCACUGCUCUCCUCACCUCCCAUGGGGUGGAACAAGGGCAUGGGUCAAAUGCAGAGGGUAAUUUCACCACACCUAGUGUGUGUGUGUGACUAUCAGUGAUACUUUAACUUUUAACUUUACUGAACCAAAAGUUGCUUUAUUACAAGCGAGUGUCAUUAUACAGGACUGCAGUUCCUGGAGGAGGUCAAGUCAAAAAUGAGGCACUCCUAACUUGGAGAAGCCAAACCCAUCCGUUUUGUAUUCCUCCUCCCUGUCUCUGAGCGUGUGCUAAGUCAGGACAGCACACCCUGACCAUAAAAAGGAGAUGCCAGUGUGUAAGUGUCUGGAAAGACAACAGAUGCCGGUCAUAUCUUGGAUGUUGACAUCAAGCUAAACAUGUAGUCUCUUCUCACGGAUAGGGCCGUCCCCUUUGCAUACCAAGGUCCAAUUUUAUUGCCUUUUCGAAUCCAAUCCACACACAAAUGUCAGUACUAAAGGGCCCGAUGUUAAUAUGUACCAAAACUGAAAUACCUACUAGUUAAACUUGUGGUUUGCUUUCUCUAAUUUUAAUAUAAACAUUCACCAAAUGCUAAACAUAAUAUUUGUUAAUUAAUUCACUUCAGCUUUUCAAUGUUUUCAUGGAUAAACAUCGGUUGUUCGGAUGGUAUUCUAACAUCCUUUGCUGGCGUUAGACUCGUUCUGCUUCUGAUUGAAUAUAAACAUUCGCCAGAAGCGUGUUAGAAAGUAUCCAGUACCAAACGUGUCCGCAUCAUUCCACUUACUUAUUGUCACCAAAAAAACAAAAACAAAAAAAAACUUCACCUUGAACGCAUCAAUCUGUCAUAAUUGUUGUUUUUCAUAACUGGCAGAGUUCUCUGACUACUUUCACUUGAUCAAAUUUUUUUUUAACAUUAUCAGUAUCGGCCAACACAGGUAUCGGUAGUGGGAAAAGUUGUAUCAGCAUACUUUUUUUUUCUUUUUUUUUACCAUAAAAACAGCAGUCCUUUUUUUCCAUUUACAGUAAUAUACACUAAAUUUUGAGGUGAAAUUACUGCAACUUACCAUAUUUUUUUUUACAUUUUAGUUUAAAAAAAAAUCUAUUGAUAAAAUACAUUAAAAAAUAGUGUAAUAAUAGUAUUCCCUGUUAGAAGUUUUGGUGUUGUUUUUACUGCCAUCAUAUUGCAGUCUACACAUACAGUCGUGGUCAAAAGUUUAUAUACACUUGUGAAGGACAUAAUGGCAUGGCUGUCUUGAGUUUCCAAUCAUUUUAGGGCUGAUGAUUUUAGCUUGUCCUGAAGAAUUUGGAGGUAAUCCUCCUUUUUCAUUGUCCCAUUUACUCUCUGUAAAGCACCAGUUCCAUUGGCAGCAAAACAGGCCCGUAGCAUAAUACUACCACCACCAUGCUUGACGAUAGGUAUGGUGUUCCUGGGAUUAAAGGCCUCACCUUUUCAACUCCAAACAUAUUGCUGGGUAUUGUGGCCAAACGGCUCAAUUUUUGUUUCAUCUGACCGCAGAACGUUCCUCCAGAAGGUCUUAUCUUUGUCCAUUUGAUGUAACAUGAAAACUUUUGACCACGACUGUAUCUCUUAUGUAUGACUGCCAUCUACUGGUCACACUUAUUACAUAUUUCUUUCUUCUUUUUUUUUUUUUCACAUUAUUUACAUGCACUGAUGGCAUCUAGUGAAUAAAUGUAAAUUCCAAAUCAGAGAAUAACUGGCAUAUCACUAAUUACCAUGAUUAUUAUUCAGGUAUUUCGGUGGGUGUUUUAAUGAACGUUGCAUUGGGGGACGAUUACUUUGAUUUAACACAAAUAAUUGUACUUGUGCGGACUAUAUCACAAAUUAGAGCCGUGUGUACCAAUAGUUCCUGAAAUAUGUGCCUGAUUUUCACUGUCGUCUGCACAGAAUCUCUUUCGACCGAUUGCUUGGACUGCAGGAUGCCGGUUUUUGGAGGGAGCGUUGACGCACCAAGAAGCUCAUUUUUGUAAUUAAUAAUGCACAAAGGUAGCGGCUGUACAGGUAAAACUUAUUUUUACGACUUUUCUAAUGUAUGUUUAUAUGUAUUUAUAAUGAGAGAAUAUUUUAAAGGGGCAUGCAUGGCAGCCAGGUGAGAAGAUUAUUCCCAUACAUGUUCAGGGGUGCCUCGGUUUUUGUCGGUAAUCAGCACCAAUGGCUAAAGAAACGUGCAGCAAAUUUUUCCAUAAGAAAUAAUGCAAAUCCAAUUGAUUUGUUCCACACACACACACACACACACACAAAUAUGCAUAUAUAGCAUAUAUUUUAUAGAGCAUUAAUAUAUAUUUACAGAACCAGUGAAGUUGGCACGUUGUGUAAAUGGUCAAUAAAAACAGAAUACAAUUAUUUGCAAAUCCUGUGUUUGUACACGCAAUUUCGGCCCUAUGUCACCAAACAUGUGGGAUUAUUUUGUAUUUACACACGACGCAGAACUAAAUGGUGCGAAAGGCGGGGCGCACGGAAACCGAGGUACACCACUGCGCUGUGCUCACUUUUAUAUCUAUAUAUAAAGACUUUCCUUGAGAACCUGAUUGUCUCUAAAUGUAAUAAAAUACAUAUUCUUUUC